AUGACGGAGAAGAAAAUUAGUUCAAGAAGAUUACUUGAACAAAUCAGGGAGAAGGAGGGUGGCGCUGGGGAAUCUGAUUCUAGAGAGGAAGACGGCGGGGAGGAGCAAGAGGAUGAUACUUUUGAGGACCACAAAAACUGUUUAUGGGGACCAGAAAUUGCGAUUUCAAGGUUGAGAGUAAAAUCACAGAAAAAAAUAAGCAGUUUGGUGAGAAUAUGGCGAAGCGAAUAG